CCCUUUGUUUUAUUUACACGGAGCAAUGAGAGGGUUAAAAACAAAACAGAGCAAAAGCAAUAAAGAAAAUCAUGUAUUUGUGUGUAUUAAUUGCGGAAAGACCAACGGUGAACUAUAUCGGGAAAUCCUGAAAGAUGUAAUCAAACUUAGCCACUGUGAAUAUUGCUCGAAAGUUGUUGAUAAGUAUGUCGAGUUUGACCCUGUUAUUAUCUUGCUUGAUGCCCUGUUGUUCAAGGAGGCAGCAUAUCGCCACGUAAUUUACAAUGCCAGAGUAAAGUUUCACUGGAAGCUUUGCAUUAUGUACCUGUUGUGUGAUGCUUAUAUGAAGUGGGCUCAUUCACAGACCGAAGUACAGCACAGUCCGAAGAGGUUCCUUCACUUCGCACUACGCUGGGAUUUUUACGCCAUGUUUCUCAUGGCAGCUAUAGAGUUAAUGAUGUUCUUAUUUAGUUUGAUGGGAUCUGUCAGCUGUCGGUUAUGGAUGAGGAAUGAGAAGAUGCAGAAAAAAGAUUAUAUCUGUCUUCACAAAGCGUUACUACUCUCUUGUUUUGGUAAACUUCUUGUUAUUCCGGCUGUCAUAUGGGGUCAAGUGGAUAGCCUAGCCUGUCUCUGGAUGACCCGGCUAUUUAUGCUGAUGUCUUGCACUCAGUCGGUACGAGUGAUAUUAAAAAGUGGGUUUCCCGUUGCGCUGAUGUUAGUUCUGCUUGGAUUCUGCGUUGAAGCCCUAGUUGCUACGACUAGCCCCCUCUUACUACCGAUCAUCAUAGCGGGAGGAUGAAGGACGUACUGUAGAUCUCGGCUCAUCUAAUAGUGUUCUGCUUCAGAACGUACAGUACUCUGAAACCAACAAUACACCAUUGAUAGCGAGUGCUAUAUGACCAGGGGCACGAGGCCCGUGGGUGUGUGGAUGCUCUGUGCCACCUUCAAGAAAAUUUGGCAUCCCCUCUUCAUACUCAUACACGCCAUGAUACAGUUUGAUGUUACAGUGGCCCUAUUUAUUGUUUUAUAGUAGUAAUUGUGAAAAGAAGUCCCACUCUUUACUUUGCAAAAGUAGUUUCAAGAAGCCCAUCUUGCAAAACAGCUCAUCCAAAGUUUGCUAAAAAAAAAAAGAAAAGAAGAAACCAAGCGCUUCAAUUCGAGGUUUUACCGUAACAUUUAAAUAUGGUGUAAGACUAUGGUCGGCAACCUUUUACUUCUAAUGAACCAUAAUUUUGUGCCCUAGCUUCCCACGACCCAAGAUCUCGAUUAUCAUAGAAGUGUCGUCCAAGAUAUAAAAUAUACUGUAUGGCCAAUGUAAUACAGUGAAACCCCCUACUUUGGGACACCCCUAUUCAUGGGACACCACUAAGGAGAACAUUUUUAGUGAAACGAGGGGAAUUAUAUCUUUAAACUCUACUUCCACCCCUGUUAAGGGGACACCCCUAUUAAACCGACGGGGACACUUUCUAGGUGUGCCAAAUGGUAAAGUCAAUACAUAUUCAACCCCUAUUAAGGGGACACUUAAUGUUUUCAUUGUAUCACAACUACAGUACUCUCAAAAUAAAUGAUUUUUAUCAAUAAACUUCACAUCAAACUAUCAUUGUCUUCCCUAAAUCCGUUGUGGCCAAAAUAUUGUUUGAAUUGGGCCCGUUAUGUUUUUGAUAAUUUCAAAUUCUAUUUUUGUUGUGCUACACAAAGGGUAGCGCAAGAAAAUUUGGUAACUUUAAGCAAAGAAUACAUAUAAAUCAGAAUUUUAUACCGAACAAGAGUGGCAGAAUUUCAGAAAAUGUUGUCCAUAACAUGUAAAGGGGGGUGCACAAAAUUUUAAAGGGUGGAUACAUUUUUGGUACUACUUAUGGUGUCGGACACGAUGCAGCUUUACCUGUGUCCCACAAUUUAAAUUUCAUUUAUUCAAUAUAUUUAAUUUAAUUUAUUAAUGCAAAUAAUUAUGUACACUUGAAUUAUGAAAACAGUUAGGAAAAAAAUGUAAUUCUACUGGAGUAGAAAAUCAAUAGAAUUUGUUGACAAUGAUGUUGCUUUGUUUACAGUCAUUUGGUUGGGUGGGGAGUUGAUUAUUUGAGGAAAAAAUUAAGGCGUUUAUUUCAAGUGAGGCUCUAGAGGGGAUGUUUAUUCAAAUAAAUACAGUAACAGAUUUAUCUAUGAUAAACACUUUUCAUGUAGAAGUUUUGAAGAAUGAGACUAUCUCACACCAGAAACCAUCCCAGUACUUGUGAAUCUGGAUUUUGGGGGUUACAACAAAAAAGGUGACAUAAAAUUUCUUGAUAUUGAACAUAGGUCUAAAUAAUAAUGAAUUUAGAUUAUGGAUUCACCUACAGUAAUAACAGGCACAUUUCAUUUUAGUUUUUAUAAUUAAAGUUUUCUGCUGAACACCA